AUGAAUGUUCCUGUAAAGCCAACCGACAACUGGUCAGGAGGAAUCGGCCGUCGUCUUUUGGUGGAAGCGAGCUUCGAAUCUUUUCACCCAACACUUUCACUCGAAAUGGAAGUAAGCUCAACAAUUGUGGAACAAGAGAGUCCUCGAAACCCACUUCGCUUCUAUGACUCAUGUCUGCGACUGAGUGCUUGGGCUUGUGCAGUGAGCUCUGUCGGUCGGCGUUGUCAACGCGAAAUUGGCACACAUUUCUCUCUCUAG